AUGGCAAAAAUAAAGGCCAGUAAGCCACUUGUUCUCAACGAUCUACUCAUACAGAAUGUGAACACAUGGGGCAACGUAUACUAUAACAUUCCCUUAAGGCUUUCCAACAAUGAAACCAGAACGGCGACAAGUAUAGCACAUCGAUACAUACCAGCGAUACCGCAUAGCUUGGAUUGCAAAAUUGAUGACCCACUGCCCGAGCGAGUGACUGGACGAGACAUGGUGGUCGAGAAGGAAUCAUACAAAACUACCACUGGUGAAUAUUGCGUGAAACCUAACCCAAAUAAAGCGAUGGAGAGAUCCGACUGCGCCAUCAACUGUCGAAGAGUGAUUUUCAUGACCGGCGUCGAGAAAAAGUUACAAAGUAAGAACAUAGUACAACCAACUAUGAUAUCGGAAAUGAAAGACAGUUUUAGAGGCAUCGCAGCACCGCCCACUGCACCUCCAGAGAUCGUUGUCAAGUCACCAGAUCCUGAAUAUAUUUUUGACGUGGUUGCAUCUGGUCGAAACGAGGUUCCUGCUAUAUCAGAUAGUGAUGGUGGAUUCCGCAGACUUCUUGAUCCUUACGUGUCAACUUACAGAUCUUGCAACAGACCUUUCACGGUAGAUGAACAAUACGGAGUCGCGGCUAAGGAUCAGAUCACAUUUUAUUCAGAAUUUAACGUACCUAAGGUACGAGGCUUUGGGCCAAGACAUAAGGAAAUAUGGAUGCCCUUAACCGCUAAGGUACACAAAGGUGUAUAUGAUAGAAUUCAUGUGAAGAAAGAAUAUAAGGAAGUGGCUGCUUGUCAUAAUCCUGUCAAUAAUAUUCAAGGAGUUUUUGUAUCGGAAAUGAAGAAGAAAUACAAACUACCGUUUGCGUCUUCUUCUCUCGCUUCCUGGGAUCAUGGAGAGAUGUUCGAUUUGGCACCAUUUCCCCCUAACCCUUAUCAAACAAAUAUGGCUCCUUUCAUGUAUUGCAGUGAUUACUGCCAUAUUGCUCAAGGCACCCCUCCUUAUACGGUAAUCGACCAAUAUAAGCAUUACAGGCAAGCACAUAAGCCAUGUGUUAAGAAAUUUGUCGUAUCAAGAGAUUUUGUACCUUGA